GUAGCGUUGCGAUGUUUUGAGCGUCCGCCCGAAAGGUGCUAAAUGUCGAGAGUGCUUUUUCCCCCUAUUUGUCGGUUGGUUCUAUAUUGCAUCGAAGCAAAAUAGCAGCUGCAUUCCUAUGCUGGUGGAAAACGCGUCCGCGCGAGAAGUGUGGUGCUAAACAAGUUCUGUAUCGAUAUCUAGUGCCUUUUUAUACAUUUCAGUGAUCUUCGAAAUUGUGCCUUGAGAUAACAAUCUCGUUCGGGUGUGGAAUAAAACCAACCGAAUAGAUCCUCCAAGUUUGGGGCUUUCGUCUGCCAGAAAGCAGCGGCAGUUGAAGUGUUUGUGAGAAGGAGUGUAACCACCGGGUAAGAGCCCUACUCGUGAUAUUACAAUUAUAAGCAAAGCGAAAAGGAGUGAAAAAAUACGUUUAAGUGUUUCUUAAUAACAGCUUACAUCGGAAGGAAGAAGCUGUUUCAACUCGUUGCUCAAAGUGCAGGGAAUAAAGAAGAGUUGCCCAAAGUGUGUGCUACAAAGCGAGAAGAAAAACCGCUGUGUUUUUUCCCUACUUAGUACAACCAUACAUUCGUACGUCGAUAGGUGCUACAUACAUACAUCAGCGGCAAAUCUGGAGUUCCGAGCCCGUUCCGAGCCAGCGACCUGAGAAAAGCAGGUAUCCGUCCGGGCAACCUUACAGCCAUCGUCAACGGGGCAGUCGAGUCGACGUCGUCGCCCAGCGGCUGGCUGCAUAUGCAACCAACUACAACACGCGGCGCAAAAGUUAGCAGCAGCACGGUUAGGAAUUAAUGAACGGAGCAGAACAAGUUGUGGAUUCUUCUGUUUGUUGUGCUCGGUGCGGCUGUUGCAAUCGCUGAAGAGGGCUUCUCCUCGGUUUUCUGGGUCCGCGUUCUGCAGCCUGUGACGAACAGCGACCUAUACCUAUAUAGACGAUAGACCGGCGGGGUGCGGAGCUCACGGCGGCGGCAGCAGCGACGGCGACGACCGUAAAGUACUUCUGUGUGUGGUUCUGAGGUGUAAAAUGUAGCUGAUCCGCCCGAGACGCUAUGGAGCAGAACAUAUUCGACGUUUCCGAUGACAUUUCAUUCCCCUGGUUGCCGGCGUAUGCCGAGGCGACCGAGCCGGGCCAGCAGCUGGCCGUCUGUUCAAGCCGGAUGCUGGAAACCAUCGUGGAGGAAACCUCGGACGAUGACGAUGGCCGAGGACAGCAGCCGACGUCCCUGGAGCAGCAGGGCUGGUCCCAGUUCGAUCAGGUGUGGAGUUCGGCUGAUUCCGAUACUGGAUCGGUGAUACGCGUUGAUACGCCUUCAGAUCAAGACACAAUGUCCGAGCGAGAUUUUAUAUGUCCUCCGAAGCGAAGAAAGCAGGACAAUGGUGUGGACGGAGAAGAUCCCGCUGGCGGAAACGAACUGAACAGUGACUUUGGGAGUUUUCGGAAGCCGAAAAUAAUCGAACCGGAUGGACAAGAGGUGACGGAGUAUUUUAUGCGACGGCAGACCGAACCGAGAUUACGUUUCGACGAGAUCGGGCAUGAUCUGUUUACGGAUUCCGAUAGUCUGUCGUACGCGUCGCUGAGUCGAUCCUCGUCGUUAAUCCAGUUCGAGUCGUUGGAGCGGCAGCUGCAGAAUGAAUCGGUGGCCGUAGCUUCGGCGCCACUUUCAGGCUCUUCACCUUCGCUGUACUCGUCCGGAUUGCUAUCGGGUGGUGAUGGUGCUGGCAGCGGACCACUCGGUAGUGAGAACCUUAGAAUUUCGAACGUGGGCGCCGAUACACUUGGCUUCUACCCGAGCAGCCCCGGCAAGAAAGGCAACCUACUGACGGCGUCCAAUUUGAUCCAACAGAACAAACUUAAAGUGAGUGGUGGUGCUGGUGGCAUUGGGAUUGGGUGCAAGCAACCGGUGCUGAAUAUAAGUGAUUCCGAGCUGUAUUCCUCGUCGAGUGUGAGUAGUAGUGGUAGCAGCAGCAGCAGCAGCAGUAGUGGAGGUGGCAGUAGUUGCAAUUAUGCCAGUGACGAGUGUGAUUUGAACCACGAGAAUACACCGAGUCCCAGUGAGUCUCAGGUGACGAAAAGUUCCUCGGAUGAAGCGGAUGGAUUGGUUCGGUGUCCCCAGCGAUGCUCCGAGCGACGCAAAUCGUUGAACCAGCUUAAGACAAAAAAUUCAAUCGAAAGUCUCAGCGAGGACAGUGGCUAUUGUGAUCAUUUGCAUUUCAAUAUGAAUAAUUUACGUGUGAAGUCGAAAAGUUUGACGAAUUUCGGUUCGGCUGAGAAUGUAAACAUGUUUAUGGAACCGGUACCGUUGGAUUAUUACGAACAGCGUCAUGUUUCAUUCCACCAAGAGAAUCGCCUCUCGACGGUAUGCGACGAGGACGAAGAGGAAGCAGAGCAGGAGCAGUGCACAAAGGAAGGAACGGUACAGCGCAACAGUGAAGAAAGUCUAUCCAAUAAGUACGAGCGUAGCAAACCAGAACAACGCUGGUACACCGCGAACGCGAAUACCAAUAUUCAUAAUUGUACAAAAAUAGAUUUAGACACAAGUAAACAUUCGCGCACGCCCGGCUCCUCCGGGGAGCAAACGCCAUUCGUCGUUGUGAGUAAAAUAAUGCCGCCAUCGCCAUCAUCGUCGUCGUCGUCAUCCUCUUCAUCGCCGGUGUCGUCUCGUACCGGUUCCACCGAUUCCCUUGAGAGGCAUCCGGCGGCGGCAGCAGCGGUACCGAUCGCGACCAAUCUGGAUCGUCACCAUCGUACCGAACCGAAACCUAAAAAUAGCCAUCGUCGCCCGUCGCAGAAGGAUGAUGUAGAACAGCUUUCCUGCUCACGAAAGCGGCCGAGAUCGCAACAGCAAAGCCGACGGAGAACCAUCAUUUCUGCCAGUUCGCCUGAUCUGUUCAGCAGUGAUGAACGCCGUGGUACAACACUAGUACGCAUCCGAAGCCGGAAACAAAGCCAACGACGGAAGGUUAGUGAUUUCCUGGAUUACGGCGGGAUCAAUUUUAGUGUAUCCAGUGUACCGGAUUGUUUGAAUCUGUGCGGGGGAGGACACCUGGCCGAUUGGCGCCAGCGGGAACAGUCAGAAUCGUUGGAUUCGUUUGAAUUGAGUGAAUCGGCACCCAGUUCGGGGAAUUACUGCUCGUGGAAUCUGCAACCGGAUUCGGUGGCUAGUAAAAAUUUCGAUUUGUACGAUUAUAAAGAAGAAACAGAUCAAGUGCUAGUGCCUACGGUCAUCAAAAGUGUAAAGACUGUGACUUUUCAAACGGUAACUAAACCACGGGUUGAUAUUCGCGCCAGUUAUGCCAAUUUGACGGCGUUGGACUACAGUGAUGAUGAGGACGGUAAACCGUACUUUUUGAAGAGAAACACAUUUAGAACCAGCAGCGGUACGAGACUGGGUGGAGUGCGUGAGAUGGCGGGACCGUGGGAGGCGAAGAAAAUUUUCAACGAAGACGAAGAAGAGGAGAGGAUCUUCCCGGUGGACGGAGACGAGACAAAUGUAUUCAACUCACUGCUGGAUGAAAUUUCCGCUCAUUUCGAUCGGAAUUUAUCGAUCAUCAACGAUCAAGCCGAAACGUACGAACCGAUUGCUGCAUUUUUACACGAACAGCGUGUGACGCCACAGGUAUCAUCAUUCACAGCGCUGGUAACACCACCCCAGCCUCCGCCGAGGCGAACGCAAAUCAAAACAAACCCACAUCACUUGCAGGGACCGACAACCGUGCCAGCGGAAGCGAAGAUACGUACCUUCGAUCAGGAUCCCACCAAUCUGGUCACCUGCUACGCCGCAAGCUUGGAACGAUGCACAUUCGAUCCGACCGAGUCCACCCUCGAUUUAUAUAACAACAGCGGCGCAGUUAAUAAACCAAACGAUUUUCAUAUUAAUCAUCCGAUGAUGGCGACAACACGUUGCGCGCCAGUAGUGGUGGCAAAGCGCGAGUUUGUUUCGAGCACGCCCAACCUCAACUACUACCACGCGAGCUGCGGUGAUGGCGAAGGUGGCCUUAACGCCCAUCGCAAUUCGUUGAAGAAUGUUUCUUGCCUUGAAAUAGGCGGUGGCGGAGAACUAGCCUGCAGGAGCACCGGAAUUCUUACCACCGCCUCCAGUUCGAAGUGUGGACUCUCGAAAGGAGUCAGUUUCUGUCCGAUCGUGUCCGAAAUCAUCUGGAAGGACACCGGUUCCGAACUGGACCCGGACGAUAACGCAAGUGUCAUCUCCAAUCAGGAUUUCGAAAUCGACAUGGAUGACGAUGAUUUCGAUCAGGAUGAUUACGAUCAUGCGAACUUGAUUGCAACCCAAACAAACACCCUCAUCAAUGCCAACAGUGUUGAAACCGGUUUGUGUGAGCUCAUAAAUAAAGCUGAUUCAUUAUUGGGUUAUUAUCAUCGCGAUAAUGAUGGUACCGAUGACGAUCAUCAUCAUCAUCCUCACGAAGCACCCACUCAAUGUCAGCAGCGGGUACCGACGCCGGUAAUGUUCGAACUUGAUCAGAGUGACGUCAUCGAUUUACUCUCACGAGAGACUCCCCCGAACGAUCAUUCGCCGAGAGAGGUGAAAAAACGAGACAACGAUAUAAACGCCAGUAGUUCCGUAAACAACGCAGCGAGCGCUAGUAAAAAAGCGAAACACAUGCAAGCAGACGAGAGCGAACUCAGUACGAAAGUGAUCGUCGCCGAGCGAGGUUGCACAAUGGCGUCCGCGAUCGGGAAUGGUGUUGAUGCUAGCAGGAAUUUGAUCGCCGUGGAGUCAGCUGCUCCGCCGCAACCUACUCUCCCCACCGGAGGGGCCGAAGAUUCGCAAACGCAGCCACAACAACAAACGCAGCAAAAGUUCGUGAACAACAAUAAUAAUCUGAUUAAAAACUUCAAAAACGGAAAGGCGGAGAAGAAAGGAAAAACUUUCCUGUCGCGUUUGUCGUCCGGUUUUCGAUUCUCGUUCCGCGGUAAAUCAAAGAAGAACAAAGAUGGUGUCAGUGGGUCAUCGAACGGGAAGGUUGGCAACACUGUGGUCGUGAGUGAUAAACAAUCCGCACCAGCAAAAGUGAAAGAAUCGGGAAUCGAUAAAGUGUCGGCCGAUUUUAUUUAUAUUCCUUUGAAGGAUCCGACCGGGCAGCAGCAGCAGCAUCAGCCGUACCCACCCAGCGAGGUUGAUAACAGUGUCAGUGGUGCCAGUGAAGUGGUUGAUAACGAGGAAUACUAUUUGCGUCAAAUGAACACGGUCGGGUUGCAGGAUAACGACAACGGGGAAGAUCAGAUAGACGAUGCUAAUAUGUCAUUCGCGUCAAACUCAACAUCGAUUUUGAACUCGAGUCGGGUCAGUGGUGGUGGGAGCAGCGGCCCACGAAACCACGUGUUGAGCGGAAAGCCACCCUUGCCAAAGCAGCCCCCACGCGUCGUUGGUGUGUGUACGAAACGUUCUACCCCAGCAGCGGGACGGUAUGCGCAUGCCUCUCAGCGAGCCUCGUCGACUCCGCCGAGAACGGAAAUCGAUCUGGACGAAAGCCACAGCAGCGGUGGCUUCUACCGUCAGUACACCAACGGCGCUGGUACGAUAUACGGUGCAGAAGGAGCGUCCGGAUUGUCUCCUUCUUUCUCCGCGGUUAGCGGUCGGUGCAACAGCAGUGCUAUUAGAGCCAGCUACCAGCAGCAGCCAGUGGCAGGUGACAACAACCAUUAUUUCAAUCACAUUAUGGGCAGUGAACAGAAAAUCGGUCUCAUCGAGACCAACCUGGAUACCCACGAGACGGUCAUCUCGGGCAAAACCCGUUCGCUGAUGGAACUCGGUGGACCGUCAUCCCAGAUGCACCAGUUGCAGGUGCAUCACGGUGGUGGCGGCGGCGGCGGCGUCGGUGACGCAGGUGUUGGUGGUGGCGGGGGAGGUGCGGUAGGCGUUGGCGAUGGCACUUCCAAACGGCUGGGCGGUGUUAAUGGGAUUAAAGACCGCCAGACGACAGCCAUUGCCAAUGAACCCGGAAGGCCACACAAAAGUAUGGAGUUUCUGCUGGAUAAGGAAAAUCAGCGAAAUGUUUUGCCUCCGGAAAACGAACUUCAGAAGUCACACGAAACCGGCACCAACCUGAGCGAGCACCAGUUGCGCGUGCAGGCUUCCCUCCAGCGACUGAACAUCCCGGACUGGUACAAACAGUACUCCGGCCGAGACGGUGCCAAUGUAUCGACACUGGCCAACAACAGUGCCGGACCGGCGACCAGUGGCGUCCUGCGGAAGCGUAACUCCGACAUCGGACGAUGGACCGGACUGAGCUCGAAAACCACCUCCCUCAGCUCACUCGGAUCGCAUCGAUCCGAUCGGAGCCCGGUGAUGCUGAGCCCUUCGGCCCACAGUCAUCACGGCGGACAGACUGGGUUCUCCCGGUGGUCCACCUCACACCUGAACUCGAACCAAACAUCACCGAGCGUGUCGACGCGAGGGUCCUUCACGCGGGGCGGACUCAAUUCCAGUGUAGUCUCGGGAUACUCGACGGCUUCCACGACGGCCGGUGCCACGGCCGGAGCGAACAGUGCAAUCCGAAACUCAUUCCGGCAACCGUACCUGGGAUGGCGGAGCCAGGAGAAGCUAUCGCAACCGCCGCGGACGCCUGCUGAAAGACUCGCAUCGUCCCUUCUAUCGCAGCAGAAAGCCAAGGAACAGCAGCAGCGGAACCAUCAAAAAGUGGAACCAGUAGUAACACCGGAGAUCCAAUCAUCCAUCAAGGAGGUCACUUCGGCGAUUGUACAUUAUGUAAAUGACCAAACCAACCGACACUCACGCAGUAGAUCCACUAGUCCAAGCCAAAGAUGUUGGCUAGAAAGCUCAUUCGUCGGUACCCGACCGCUAGAUUCGCCGCAAACGCCAAUGAUCGAAAGCAAUAGUAGCUCGGCGGCGGUCGUUCUGGGUAGUGGUCAUCCACAGCAAAACCAGCACCAGACGAACGUCAGUGUGGUGGCCGGUGACCACUACCGGUACAACGCCGGACGGAUGAAUGGCGUCGGUGAGUCAACACUAAUCUAAUGCUUCACUAUCGCAACGUUCUCUUUGUUAGAUCGUUCUCGUUUCUACUUGGAUUUUUGAUUUUGGCUUCUUUUGAUUGAGCUAAAAAACACACACAAACACACUCUAUUGUUAUUACUGUUUAGAUUAUGGUUUUUUGCGUUUAGUUUUACGUUUACGAAUUGUAUCGUAUCGUUUUGGGUAGCUUAACUAAGCCAGACAGACAGGAAGAUAGAGAGAAAGAGCUACCAGCAAAUUACUAUUUUUUUGGUCUAGUUUAAAUUUAUUUUGUAUCUGUUUUAGUUCUAGAAUAAGUUAAUUUCGGCUUUUUUGAUCAGUCACAGCUUCGAUCGAGCAGUUAAGAAUUUUAAUCGACGCGAGUACUUCGUAUCAGUACAAUUCCAAAUCUGUUUACAUUGUAACGACACUUUAGUUGAAACGAACUUUUGCCACAGAAUUUCGAAACAAGCGAAAUUUGCAUUGCGAAUGCAUUUCAGAUUAUUGACUAAAAACCGAUAGGGAACACACGUAUACACACUCACUGGAACAUGUGAAAAUUGUAAUGAAAUGAUAUUUUGUAUAGAUGUUUAAUUAGGCUUAGCUAUACGAGAUUUAUUAUAUUCGCUCAGAUUUUGAUCCCAACUUUAACAGCGACAUCAUAAACUAUUCGGUCAUGCAGUUUAGCGAACCGUGAAAGCGAUUGUGACUAUGAUUUUUGACUUCAUGAAACACCCCGAAGGUAGAUUUUCUUCCUGGAAACGUAGCACCUUGUCGGACUAACUCUUUCUUUCCGCAUAUAAUCACUUUUGAUUUUUUGCAUCAUACCACUAAUCACCUCCUCUUAUUUAAAUGACCAAUUAAAUUAAGGAGCGUUUUGAUUUGUUGCAUUUCUUCCCAAGUUAUCCCCCAAAAUGAUGGCAAGUAACGGCGCAAAGUGAUUAUACUGCCCCAAUCUCCUCUCUAAAUCGUUCAACGCUACCAUUAGUCGAGACACUUUGAGAACAGUCAACCGACAGAGUUUUCGCUACUCGCCAGAAGAGGGCUAACUUUCUCGGCUGGCGGGAAAUGUGUGUUUACCCGAAUCGACCGAGUAGAGUUCCCACUUUUUCCACGCCAUGUUUUCAAACCAGUCGAGCUAUCUCUUCACAGAAUCCAUCUCCAUACUACUUAAGACUAAAAAAAACGUUACCUCAAAAUGUGAUAACUUUUGGUGCCUUAACCUAAACUUUUCCGCUAACUCUUAGAUGGUGCCUACGGUAAACAAACAAAAUCAUGAAGUCAAUCUACAUAUAGUGGUUUAUACAUUUUUUUUCUAUGAACAAUCACAAACAAAUCUUCGAGACAAUCGACUUACUGUUUAGUAAAGAAUCAGAAGAUGUUAAACGAUCGAAUAGCUUUUUUCUUCGAAAGUUAAAAUAACAAUUUAUAGACUAAUUCAUAAUAUUUUGAUGGAUGUCAACUGAGUAACACAUAAGAGAGAGUAUAUGAAAGUGAAGUUGGUAGCAACCUUUAGAGAUUUUAUUACUAUCAUAGAUAGAGACUGUGCGGUCCAUAGAAUCAUGAAAGAUCCCUUAUCACAGAUCAAUCAAUGGGACUGUUAUGCUUCAAUGGACCGUUCUGCUGUCAGUAGUAUGUACCUAGUAUAUAUACUAAUUCUUUUCAAGAUGAUAAAUAAAACUGUUCCAUUUA